AUUUCAUGUUAGAUCAAGGCUGAUGGUGUGGAUCAAACUGUUCCGGGGAGCCUCACAGACUCAGCGUUGGGAGAUGUUCAGCAAUCGCAAGUUUUCAGCUUUAACAAUAGCUCCUUUCGGCACUACGCUACUGUGGCAGUUGUCAGAUAGACGUUACGCGAUUGUGUGCAACUCUCAGUUCCACCCUUUCUUCAUAGUGUUGUUUGGGAAGUUUAACAUGCAGCACGCGGCCGCAAACUCCUGCAUUCAAGCAGAAGGGACCCCACGUCGAUGGUUGUAUGCAGCCCUCCUCCUUGCAGCGCAUGCACUCGGUAUCGACUUGUUUUAAACAGUCAAAACGAAACCACGUACAGCUGCAAAUGUCCAUAGCAACGUCCUGUCGAUAGUCAGGUCCUCGGCUGGUGCCUUCUACCCACCAGAACUACACAGACCCGGCUGCGAAUUCAUGCCUUCGGUGAAAACUCCCUGACACGAGGC